CUAAAAUAUAACUGUCCUCUUAUCUCUUCAUCAGAAAGUAAAUAUAGAAGAAAUGCACUAUUUUGGGGUAUUUGCUGCACUGUCUGUUUUCAACAUCAUUGCCUGUUUGACAAGAGGCAAGCCUCUGAAAGACUGGGACAAGUCACCAGCUCUGGGAAAGUCUGAUGCACCCUUUUAUGAUCCUGGAGAAGUGGAAGAUGAGGCUCACUUCAACUUUAAAUCUUUACUGGAGAAUAUGAAGAUGGAUUUACUAAGGAGUUUGAAUUUAUCAAAGGUCCCCUCACAAGAGAAGACCAAAGAAGAACCACCACAGUUCAUGAUUGAUUUAUACAACAGAUAUAUUGCAGACAAGUCCUCCAUCCCUGCAUCCAAUAUUGUGAGGAGCUUCAGUACUGAAGAUGUUGUUUCUUUAGCAACACCAGAAGAAAAUUCAUUGCAAAAACACAUCUUGCUCUUCAACAUCUCUAUUCCGCGAUAUGAGGAAAUCACCAGAGCUGAACUGAGAAUUUAUAUCUCCUGUCACAGCAAAGUUGGGUCUCUCUCUAGACUGGAAGGCAACAUGGUCAUUUAUGAUGUUCUAGACGGAGAUUACUGGGAAAAUCCAGAAAGCACCAAAUCUUUCCUUGUUUCCCAUGAUAUCCAGAAGUGUGGAUGGGAGAUAUUUGAAGUGUCCAGUGCUGUGAAAAGAUGGGUCAGGGCAGACAAAUUGAAGACUAAAAACAAGCUGGARGUUGUUACAGAGAGUAAAGCUCUAGGUGGUUUCAUGUGUGGGAAGCUGGAUAUCAGUGUUCCGCCAGACAAUAAAAAUCUGCCCCUGUUAAUUGUGUUCUCCAAUGACCGCAGCAACGGGUCAAAAGAGACCAAAGUGGAGCUCCGGGAGAUGAUUACUCAUGAACAAGGCAGUGUGCUAAGGAAGUUAGCGAAGAACAACACUUUGCCUCAAGAGGAAGACGAGAGAGAGACAAAGGCCGUUGUCAGGCCCCACCACCAUCCCUCCAGAAGCAAGAGAAGCAUCAGAGCCAACCACUGCCGGAGAACUUCCCUCCACGUGAACUUUGAGGAGAUUGGCUGGGAUUCCUGGAUCAUUGCGCCCAAAGAUUAUGAGGCUUUUGAGUGUAAAGGAGGCUGCUUCUUCCCUCUGACAGAUAAUGUUACUCCAACAAAACACGCUAUUGUCCAAACUCUGGUGCACCUCCAAAACCCAAAGAAAGCUUCCAAGGCCUGCUGUGUUCCAACCAAACUGGAUUCAAUCUCCAUUCUUUAUAAGGACGAUGCUGGUGUGCCCACUUUGAUAUAUAACUAUGAAGGGAUGAAAGUGGCAGAAUGUGGUUGCAGGUAG